AUGCGUAGUUCGGCGCCAGACGACCAUUAGACCCGACGACGUGUUUCUACGCAUGAGUUUAGCUAGCCAACGUCGCCAUGACAUCGACUACAAGUGUGAUCGGGGAUAGUUUUAUCCUAUCUUCAUACUGUACUGCCGUUGGCUAUAUGUUUUGAGACGUGGUUGGAUUCAGAAAACGCCGCUACACUCCCCAUAGCUUCUGAUUGGUGCUCCAUGAUACGCCCACGUGAGUUACAUAUUACUCUGACGUCACUUACAUUAUUGUUGGCCACGCCUUACGUCGUUAUUCUGUCUAGUCACAACCUGUCAACUGCUUGGAAAGAUUUUGACAGAAAUUCACCAUGCCUCUUAGAACAGCUGUCCGUUGUCUUAGUACCCCAAUAAGGGGUAUUUUGAGACCCUCGACUACCACCUCAAACCGGGGCUAUGCAGCUGUCGCCGAGGCUAGAUCGCUGCUGGAGCAUGAACUUGAAACGAUCCGAACCGGUGGAACGUGGAAAGGAGAAAGAAUAAUCACGUCCAAGCAGGGUCCUCAUAUCAACGUGGACGGCAGUCGUGGCGGUGAGUAGCCGAACGUUAUAGUUAAGGGUCAGCUCACCAGCUUUCAAUUCUAUUGAUUUGCCUACCUAUUGCUGCCCUCAGGGACAUGAAAAACAUGUGGCAAAAGUUGGCACCGAGAAAUUUAGCUCUAGUCUACCCACGUUGUCCAACGAGGUCAAACUUGUUGCAUACAGCCAGGAGUUGUAGCAAGCUAGCUAGCUAGUUUACCUACUAGCUUAGUAUUUUCUGCCCCCAUCUGAACUUCGCAGAAAUUCAUCUCAGCCUGAUGGUGUUGGGGUAGCUAGCUACAUGACCGAGACUUGCCCUACUUGGCAACUGGAAGUUAUGCGUGUGAUUAGUGUUAUCGUGAUUUGUGGUGGCUGCUGGUGUUGUCACUGUUCACCUUUGUGUACCAGAGAAUGACUGACCCCUAGUGCUGAUUUAUGAAUGGCUUAUUGACUGCAUGUCCUCUCAUGUGUACAACUGGCACUCUGCUGUAUUUGCCAGUAAGUACACAAUGGCAGAAAUUCCCACUCAUACUCCCUCCAGCAGUCAUGCAAGGUCACUGUGGUAAUUGCCACUGGUAAAUCAAGCUUUCUCUGGGAGUUGAGUCAGUAUUGUUAUGAUGUGUAUGUCCUCUAAGACCUGGCUUAUAUAUGCUUACCUAUUGUUUCACUCUCUCUCCCCAUACAGACAUAUUGAAUUUCUGUGCAAACAACUAUCUGGGCCUCUCCAGCCAUCCCCAGGUAGUGGAGGCAGGGAUAGAGGCCUUGAAGAAGUAUGGUGCCGGGCUGAGCUCAGUGAGAUUCAUCUGUGGCACACAGGUAACCAAAAGACUGCUUGCACAAGUGUUGUGGUCCUCUGUAGCUCAAUUGGUAGAGCAUGGCGCUUGUAACGCCAGGGUAGUGGGUUCGAUCCCCGGGACCACCCAUACGUAAAAAUGUAUGCACACAUGACUGUAAGUCGCUAUGGAUAAAAGCGUCUGCUAAAUGGCAUAUUAUUAUUAUUAUUAUUAUUGUUGGUGGUUCACAGUACUCUGUGAUUGUCUCCUUACCAUAUGAUCCACAGGACAUUCACAAAGAUCUGGAGCAGAAGCUGGCUCAGUUCCAUGAGCGGGAGGACUGCAUCCUAUAUGCCAGCUGUUUUGACGCCAACGCAGGGCUAUUUGAGGUUUGUGAUUCUUGAAUACAUUAACAUGUGAUUAUAACUGUUUUAUAACAUUAUGUUGCAUGGUAUGUCUUUACAGUAUAUAUGCCACUGUAUUAAACAGGCCUAAAGUAGUAAUGCACUCUGUUCUACAUCAGGUUCUGUUGGGCCCCGACGAUGCAGUUCUGUCUGAUGAGCUGAACCAUGCCUCUAUUAUUGAUGGGAUCAGAUUGUGUCGGGCCAAGAGGUUCAGAUACAAACACAUGGACCUGAAUGACUUGGAGACCCAGCUGAAAGAGUCCCAGGUAAAGAGGGUGCUAUACAUGCAUUGAAAUAAUAAUCUCCUUGAGGUGAUUGUUAUGUGGGAUAAUGACGGAGGGGUAAGAAGUAAGACUGCCUUCAUCUGCUGUCCAUCUUCCAGCUAGAGGAUUUCUUAACCCAGUCUUCCCCAUCCUAAUACCUGCACUACCUUCAUAUGAUUGCACAGCUUCUUUUUUUAAUGAAGAGCUGUACCUUUCAUAAAGCUUAUCAUACAGAAUCCUCUUGAAAUCCAUGAAGCUUGAAACCGUAGUGAUGGGUAGAUUUCUGAAUUGAUUUUAGUGUUAAUGGGCUGUGUUUGCAUCACUGGUCAUCAUGGCGCCCUGUCCCUCUCAGUCUUCUCGUCUACGCCUCGUUGUCACGGAUGGUGUGUUCUCCAUGGAUGGUGACAUGGCUCCAUUAAAGGGGAUCUGUGACCUGGCAGAGCAGUAUGGAGCCUUGGUCUUCAUUGAUGAAUGCCAUGCUACAGGCUUCAUGGGCCCACGAGGCAGGUUAGUGAAGGUCCAGGUGGAGAGAUGGAGAAAUUAUGAUAGAACUCUAAUUAUGUAAUUAUGCCUAGGAAUACUAGAAAGGAUGAUGGUUUUGUAGCCAAUUAUUCAGACUAAUAGUGUUAUUCAAUUUUGUUUGCAGAGGCACAGAUGAGCUACUGGGAGUGAUGGACAGGGUUCACAUUGUCAACUCUACUCUGGGAAAAGCACUGGGAGGUGCAGCUGGUAGGUUUCCCUCAGUUUAGACCCAUAUAGUAUAUGGAGUCCAUUAACGGUACUGUAUGUUCUCAAUGCUUAUGAAAUGUCACUAUUGACAAUGUAGGCUCUGUAAUUUAACUUCAUAAAUGGAUGACAAAAAUAAACUUGAAAAUAUACAUCGAUAUGGGGUCAGCUUUUUCUUUCCACCUGGACCUUCAGGUCAGGUUUAUCUCAAUAUAUAAGGUGGAUAUGGUUUUCUUUCUAUUUUCUCUCAGGUGGGUACACAGUGGGUCCUAAACCUCUGAUUGACCUGUUGAGGCAGCGCUCUCGUCCCUACCUCUUCUCCAACUCCCUCCCCCCUCCUGUCGUGGGCUGCGCUACCCGGGCUGUCGAGCUGCUUCUCGCGUCCAAUGAGAUUGCUCAGAGUGUCGGGGACAAAACCAUGAGGUGGGAAUCCGGGGAGGGGCCCUCUGUUUUGGUGAAUGUGGUAGACACCCUCUAAGCUUAUGCAACGGUUAACAUAGGAGCACGGACAAAAACAGAUAAGCCUUUUGUGUUGGUCUUUGUGAAAAAUACGUAUGAACAAAAUCAUGAAAGGGACAUGUUUGAAAAGAGCAAUUGAUUGACCUUGAGAUUGACUAAUCCCUUGUGCUGAAAAAGUGACAAGAUCUGUGUUUAUUCUGCAUUCAACACUUGCUUGUUUCGUCUCUUAUCUGUACUGUGUCCUUCACAGGAGGUUGGUGGCACCUUAAUUGGGGAGGACUGCAGCGGAAUAAGUGGAAUGGUAUCAAACACAUGGUUUCCAUGUGUUUGAUGCGAUUCAAUUUGCGCCAUUAUUAUGAGCUGUCCUCCCCUCAGCAGCCUCCAGUGGAUCCUUCCACACAUGUUUACAGUUUCAAGAGCACUACAUGUUUCCCAGAGAACCCAGUUAGCAACAAUGAAAGUUGAAGGCAUAGAUACUGUAUGAGGAACGAGUGCCAUUUCUGUCAUGUUGUCAUUAUUCUCUCCCCCUCUCGUAGGUUCAGAAACAAAAUGACUGAGGCUGGGUUCACCAUCUCAGGCUCUGACCACCCUAUCUGUCCUGUGAUGCUGGGGGACGCCAGACUAGCCUCUCUGAUGGCUGAUGACAUGCUGAAACUAGGUGAGACAACAGUUCAGGCUGAAUGUGAAUGGAGCACAAGCACAUUUCAAGCAUUAUCAAACAUUACAAAACAAGCUGUAUAUUUGUUUGAAAUACUCUAUGGGUUUUUUGUCCACUCAUUUUAUAGAACUUAACUAUUUUUGAAAAGCUUGAUCAAAAAGAUUUCUGGCAAACAGAGCAGUGUGGAAUUACAAAUGAAUGGACACACAUCAACCUGUAGAGGGAGACAGAGAUUUACUCAUUGAUAUUUUGUAUUCAACAAUUCUGUCUCACAAAAUGGGAGCUGACAACAAUCAGAGUUGACAUAGGGGCCCUUUGGCCACCAUAGACCUAAUAGACUAUUAGCUGCAAACUACACUGCUUGAAUACAAGGGCUGGGAAAAAAAUAUUCAUUUGAAUUCGGGCCUCCAAUCUGCCCUUUCUUGAAGGACCGAAGUCUUCAGUGUUAUGUCUAUCUACUGCAAGUACUCAUUCUUCUGAUUCCCACAGGAGUGUAUGUGAUUGGGUUCUCCUACCCAGUGGUACCAAAGGGCAAAGCCAGAAUCCGGGUCCAGAUCUCAGCGGCCCACACUGACCAGGACAUUGACCGCGCUGUGGAUGCUUUCAUACAGACAGGCAGGAAGCAUGGAGUCGUGUCUUAAAUAGAAGAACUGAUGGAUCAUUUUGCUGCCAAUAAGCAAGUUAAAAAGACAAACAGCUUGCAGAGCUUGGACUGGGUUACAGGUUACAGAGGAGGCCUAUGAAUGACAGUGUGACAAAGAUAAUGUAUUACAUACAGGGUAAUGUAUUACAGACUAAGGUCAAUUGUGGUCAAUGCUAUUUGUUGCUUUUACAUUUUUUAAAACAUUUUAGUCAUUUAGCAGACG